AUGGGCCCAGGCCUGCGUCCUGUUCUGGAGAGGGUGAGGGGAAAAGGUGAGACUUUCCACCUGAUGAGGAAGAGGAGAUGGGAGGAGACAGGCUGUCUGCUGAGUGCUGUCACCUUUUCAGGCAGUGCCCGUGCUAACAUUCCAGGCAGCAUCCAGCUUGUGGUCAAAAUACUAUCUCUUACUGUAAAAAGUGUCUGUCAUCUGAUGCGUACUUUGUGUUUGCAAAGGUAUGUCAUUGACGGUGCCACCGCUCUGUGGUGUGCGGCUGGAGCAGGACACUUUGAAGUGGUGAAGCUUCUGGUCAGUCACGGAGCCAACGUGAACCACACCACGGUGACAAACUCAACCCCCCUGAGGGCAGCGUGCUUCGAUGGCCGACUGGACAUUGUGAAGUACUUGGUUGAGAACAACGCCAACAUCAGCAUUGCCAACAAGUAUGACAACACCUGCCUGAUGAUCGCAGCAUACAAGGGACACACGGAUGUGGUAAGGUACCUGCUGGAGCAGCGUGCGGACCCCAACGCUAAGGCGCAUUGUGGCGCCACAGCCCUGCACUUUGCGGCCGAGGCGGGGCACAUCGACAUCGUAAAGGAGCUGAUAAGAUGGCGUGCUGCCAUUGUGGUCAACGGCCACGGCAUGACGCCAUUGAAGGUAGCCGCCGAGAGCUGCAAGGCGGAUGUUGUGGAGCUGCUGCUCUCCCACGCCGACUGCGACCGGAGGAGUCGGAUUGAAGCGCUGGAGCUCCUGGGCGCCUCCUUUGCGAAUGACCGUGAGAACUACGACAUCAUGAAGACAUACCACUACCUGUACCUGGCCAUGCUGGAGCGGUUUCAGGACAGCAGUAACAUCCUGGAGAAGGAGGUCCUCCCGCCAAUCCACGCCUAUGGGAACAGGACGGAGUGCAGGAGCCCACAGGAACUGGAGGCCAUCCGGCAGGACAGGGAUGCCCUGCACAUGGAGGGCCUUAUCGUCCGUGAGCGCAUCCUGGGGGCGGACAACAUCGAUGUCUCGCACCCCAUCAUCUACAGGGGUGCCGUGUAUGCGGACAACAUGGAAUUCGAGCAGUGCAUCCGGCUGUGGCUGCACGCCCUGCACCUGAGGCAGAAGGGCAACAGGAACACACACAAGGACCUGCUGCGGUUCGCACAGGUCUUCUCACAGAUGAUCCACUUGAACGAAACCGUGAAGGCCCCGGACAUCGAGUGUGUUCUGCGGUGCAGCGUUUUGGAAAUAGAGCAGAGUAUGAACAGAGUAAAGAACGUCUCCGAGGCUGACGUCCACAGUGCGAUGGACAGUUACGAGUGUAAUCUUUACACCUUCCUGUACCUGGUGUGCAUCUCCACCCAGACGCAGUGCAGCGAGGACGACCAGUGCAAGAUCAACCGGCAGAUCUACAACCUGAUCCACCUCGACCCCCGGACGCGUGAGGGCUUCACGCUGCUGCAUCUGGCUGUGAAUUCCAACACGCCUGUGGACGACUUCCAUACCAACGACGUGUGCAGCUUUCCCAACGCUCUGGUCACCAAGCUGCUGCUGGACUGUGGUGCGGAGGUGAAUGCUGUGGACAAUGAGGGCAACAGCGCCCUGCACAUCAUCGUGCAGUACAACCGGCCCAUCAGCGACUUCCUAACACUGCACGCCAUCAUCGUCAGCCUAGUGGAGGCGGGCGCACACACGGACAUGACCAACAAGCAGAACAAGACGCCGCUGGACAAGAGCACCACUGGGGUGUCCGAGAUCCUGCUCAAGACUCAGAUGAAGAUGAGUCUGAAGUGCCUGGCGGCCCGAGCCGUGCGGGCCAACGACAUCAGCUACCAGGACCAGAUCCCGCGGACCCUGGAGGAGUUUGUUGGCUUUCACUGAGCAGCCGGGCGGGAAUCGCUACCGUGGUGCUAAUGCCAAGGACUUGGGCCACAUGCCUCAGGGUCAUGUGUGCGUGAGCUCCGCCUCUUCCCACGGCCUCCUCCCGCCCAUCCUCUCUGGCUGUGUGUUUGGUCUUUUUGCCUCAGGUGGUGAUUAAUUUCAGAUACACUAGCCAAGCCACAUUGCUGAGGUGGGACUAUCACCUGAGGUGUUCGGAUCUAGUCACCUGUUUGUCUUUCUUUUUUUAAGGAACAGAUGUAAAAUAUUUUGUUUAUGUCACAAGGGACAUGUAUGAUCUCAAGUCGGUCAUGUUUUAAACAGCUGCUCACAAAAGUACAAAAGUGUUUCUGUUAAGCCGUGUCAGCGUGUUGUCCAUGCAGCAGCUCUGAGGAUUUCAUGAAGAGAAAGAACGAAAAAGGAGCAUUGAGAGUCACGGGGUGUUCAGGGGUUCUGCCCAUGCCAAACUGCUGGAGAGUGUUCACUCUCUGUUGUUGAUGUGGUGUGAUACCACACACCUUAGCAUCAGGGGGACUGAAAAAAUGUGGCUGCGGGUUAAUCUGGAAAAUGUACUAACUUAACACUAUUUACAGAUUCCUGAAGUGGAGUCCAUCGAACUGUCGCAUUGUGCUGGAUAGUAGGCACAGAGUGAUGAGAAUCUUAGACCUUUUCCCAGAGAAUGUCGUGGCCUCUCUCCCUCUGGGCUUGAAUUUCUUCAAAGUCUGUUUAACGUGAUUUAUCUGAUAUUGCAGCAGUCUGCAUUUGGAUUUCGUUCGCAGACAUGUACAGGUGAUGAACGCUGCCUCUUAUGAAGCCCCCCAGCCACGGUAGAGCUGUGCGUUCUGUUUUUGUCACCCUCCCUCUUUCCUCCUGUCCUUUUACAGCUUGGAAGCUGCUUUUCUGGGAGUGUGGUUUGUACCUCUGUGAUCACAUGUCUAUGGCAAAUGCAAAGAAACCAUGAUAUUUUGAAAUUUC